UCCUGCGGCCGGAGUCAGACGGGGAGCUGUGAGGUGGAUGCAAUUCGUUACUGAAUGAUGUGAAAUGUGAAAGACUAUGGACAGAAGAUCAGGAAGGCCAAAUCAACAGCUGACAGCGCCUCUGUUUUUGGCGGAGGACCAAAUGCCAGAACUGAAUCCCCUAAACCGUGGUGCUUUGACUGGUAGAUGGAAUAACCCAAAUUACUUUUUCCUCUUUUUAAUUUUUUAAAAAUUUUUGUCAGAGCACUGUUCAGCUCUGGUUUAUGGUGGUGCUGGGGAUUGAACCUGGGACCUCAGAGCCUCAGGCAUGAAAGUUGCUUUUGCAUCACCACUGUGCUAUCUCCCUUGCCCUAAAGAGCGCAUCUUCAUGUUCUGGCCGCUGCAACAUGUCCACUGUCCAAAGCUGUUACUUUUCCUGCUUCUUUCUCAAGACUAUUUAGGAGAUAAACCGAGAAAACCUGGCGGUUGAUGGACUAUUAGGGGCCUUGGAAGAGCAUGGAGUCUUGCUGGCGCCCCGAGAGCUGUGACGCCGCCCAAGGUCCCGCGGCCUCUAAGAAGCAAAAGAAGAAGAAAACCCGGAGCCGGACUUGUGUGCCCGAUGGAGGCGGGAAGGCGCCCGGAAAGCCAGCUCCCGAGGAGGCUCCGCGAAACGCCGAGGAGCAGGCGGAGCAGUUGGCCCGGGAACUGGCCUGGUGCAUAGAACAGCUGGAGCUAGGCCUGAAGAUGCGGAAGCCCAGCGCUAGACAGAAAGAGCAGGCCAUUGGGUCAAUUAAGACCCUACGCAGUGAAAAGACCCCCCUGCCCCGGAAGAGGCAGCUGAUGCACUCCUUGUUCGGGGACUACAGGGCUCUUAUGGAAGUUGAGAGGCAGGAGACCCUGCGGGUGCUCAGGGCUGCAGCCCACUCAGCCCGGGUGAAACCUGUAGGGGAGGCAGCCAGAAAGAAGAACGGAAGAGUCUGCAGGUCUCGCCUACCAGGAGGAGCCAAGGCCACCCUAGACACUCCUGAGGAAGAGUUUAGGUUCAAUUUCUUUUAACCUCUUCCAUAUCCUGGAGCAGCCUCCCUCCUUGGGUGAUGCUGGUGUUUGUCUUGGGUGCAGAGCCAUUCUGGGAUUAUGUGAGAUUGGCCUGUCCCUGACAAGUCUGUGAAUGACUGUUAGGCAGAGGUGAGACCACUGUUUUGGUUACUGUCAGACAAAACACAAAACCUCCUUGCAGGUUUUCUGAUGGGGUGACCUGUCCCUCCUGCCAGAAGUGGGAGGUUCAUCUAGGAAAAGCUUAUGUGAUGAGUGUUCAGCAUAUUUUAGAAAGAACAUUUUGCUGACUCUGGAGAAGCCUCAUAAUUGUAUACUGAUACUCAUUUUUGAAACGAUGUCCUGCCAAAUGGUGUAGUACUCUGUCAUUAAAUCAUAUUGUCCUAAUAAAACUUUUUUUUUGUAUAAAAAUG